GCGGGCACCGAGUCGUCUGGCAAGACUGCGGGCACCGAGUCAUCUGGCGGAACAGCGGGCAUCGAGUCAACUGGCGGAACAGUGGGCAUCGAGUCAACUGGCGGAACAGCGGGCACCGAGUCGUCUGGCGGAACAGCGGGCAUCGAGUCAACUGGCGGAACAGCGGGCACCGAGUCGUCUGACAAGACUGCGGGCACCGAGUCGUCUGGCAAGACUGCGGGCACCGAGUCGUCUGGCAAGACUGCGGGCACCGAGUCGUCUGGCAUUGGAUCGUCUGGCUCGACAGCGGGCAUCAGGUCACCAGGCAUCAGGUCAUUUGGCUCGCCACCAGCGGGCACCGCGUCAUCUGGCAAGGCAGUGGGCACCGAGUCACCAGGUACGACAGCGGGCUCUGAGUCAAUUGGCACGACAGCGGGCACCGGAUCAGGUACCGGAUCAUCUGGAUCAACAGCGGGCAUCGAGUCAACUGGC